AUAGUGCAAUGAUUGCAAGGCAGAAUGCAUGUGUUCAGUGUUUUUGAGAAACAAAGAGAUAAGGUACACUUGCAUGAAUAGCUUGUAAAACUGCUUUCCUUACAAUGCAUUCAAUUCUCGACUUCUCACUACCACAACACGGUUGACAUACUACAACAUAGGGUUCAUUUCAUUCUUCUUUUGAUCUGGCAAGCUGGCAAGUACUCCUUAUGUACGCAUCAAAUACAUAACUCCGGCCCUGACCAUUGAGAGAUACUGUCAUGGCAGAUCAAAGGAUGUACAAGCGUAGUCAAAGACCCACUUGGAGCUGUACAGAAUGUGCAAGAAGAAAGAUCAAAUGCGACAAAAAGAUUCCAUGUCAACCUUGCAUCAAAAGGAAUGCCGGUCAUCUUUGCUCUUUGGAUCAUGAACAUUCAGCAACGGCACAAACACCAGUGGGACCUUCUCAUAUGAAUCAAUAUUCACCCGUUCAUGCACAACAGACAGAUCCAAACUCUCUCAGUAGGCAUCCAUCGUCAUCAUCAACGUACUUCCAGCCUUCGAUGCAGCCUCCAAGUAUUGCAAGUGGCGUGCCGAGUGUGGACCUUUACUCACAAGUACAGUCUCUCAAUGCGACAGUCUCCGAUCUGGAUCGUAGGUUGCGUACGAUUGAACACUACGGUCGAUCAAAUGGCAUGAGCAAAAUGUCUCCCAAGACAUCUACAUACGAUCAUGCUAAUGAAGCUUCGCCAAUCUCUGCAUCGUCUUCCAGAAUCAUGCACGGAAGCCCAACACGCCGUCUUGCGCAUAAAUCAACGUCAUCAGAAGGUGUGGCAGAUACUGCUCUGACGUUUGAAUACCUUGCCCUUGGCAGAGACCGUCAUCGUGGCAUUCUGAAGCAACAUCACCACAAUCAAUCAACGCAGACUGGAGCAGCGUCCAAGACGCAUGAAAACAUUCUCAAAGAGCCCUUACAAGAGCCGCUCUCUCAGCGAAUACAAGCAGCAUUGUUACCGCUCAAAGCUCUAGAUUAUGUGCUUACAUUUGCCAAAGAUGUGAUCGCAUGGCAGCAUGCAUGCAUUCAUGUUCCCACAUUUCAACGAGAAUAUGAGAUGUUCCUGACCUUGCAGCCGUCAGAUCGUUGGAUAUGGGUUGAUCCCCUUUGGCUUGGAUUGUUCUUUGUGAUUCAGAGUAUUGCCGUCCAUCAAAUGCCUCAAAAUGAUGUCGAGCAUAUCUGUGGAAUCAGUCAACGGCCUUUGCCGGAAAUAUUGUUGGACGCUGCUGUAAAGUGUCUGGAAGCUGGUAACUAUCUAUCUGAACCAAGUCUUUAUACAUGUCAAGCACUGGCAAUUCUUUGUGUCACCGGACACAAUGUUGCAGAUUCAAAUCUGUUGAGCACAUAUUUGGCUAUCGGCAUCAAAACGGCGCAAAUGCUCAACUUACAUCACCUGGCCGGCGAGUCGGCACGGAUCGAGGCCCUUCUGCAUUCUGAAGGUGGAGAGAUUAAGGAUAACUCUCUCGAUUGGCGAUCACGCAUCAUUCGUUUGGAGGUGGGAAAGCGAAUUUGGUGGAGUCUCGUACAGCAAGAUUAUUUGGCGAUGCCUUUCUGUGGAUCUUCUAUGAUCAAUCCGCGCCACCACGAUACUCCUUUGCCCGUCAAUGUUCACGAUGAUGAGCUUGACCAAGGUCAUUUGCGCUUAAGAUAUGAUGAAUCGGAUCUGACAUUGGUUCAGAAAUUACGACUGACGGCAAAGAUGGCGCAAAUUGUAUACACCUUCUUUGAUCAAUUGCCACACCGUCAAGGAGCUGGAGCAAGGCUUGAAGAUCAUGUACAGCCUUAUGAGACUCAGCUGUUAGAGCUUCUGCCUUCUACGCAACCUAAGUCGCCCUUCCCAUCUCUGAAAUUCGGAUUGGCUCUGAAACGUUAUAUCAACAUUGGGGUUUCGCACAAAAUUCUUGUUUUACAUCGAGCAUUUUGCUCUUUGAAUCCUAGUCCGAGCACAUUGCAGAUUCAAGCAUCACAAGGAAGGUGCGUAGAAGCUGCUCGUCAAGUGCUGGAGCAUGUACGUGCCAUCAAUCCGUCAGGAAGACCGGAAGGUCAGGUAGGAGCAAUGUGGACAAUCUCUUAUCAAGCUGUCGCGGCUGCGAUUUUGAUUGUAUUGUCACAUUUUGGAGACAAGAGCAAAGAAGCAGAGGUGAAGGGACGCAAUGCUUUACACAAUCAGCCAGUAUUGACCGCAUCCCGUCAAGAAGCAUCAGAUGCCAGAGAGGUGUUGAUGGGUUUGUCGUAUCGCAGCACGAUUGCACAUCGAGGCUUACAGUUGUUGGACGAGUUGGUGCAGAACUUCGAAGAUGCAGAGCGUCAAAACGGCAGUCUGAAAAGACCCAGCGGUGAGCAGCCGAAUGGCAACCAACAGACAGCAGAUGGAUCGCCUGCAAAAAGAGCACGUAAUGAAGAACAAUAUGCCCAUUCUACCACACAAACGCCAAGUAAUGGUUUGAAUAUCGACUCUCUCACCAACGUCAAUCCAGCCCUGGCCAAUUUGGAUAUCGAAUGGGAUGUUGCCAGCGUUUUGCAGUCCAUGCCAGAUGUUUCUAAACUGUUUGACGGUAGUAUGGGCAAUCCGUUUGGAUCAUUUUCAUGAAUGUUGUGGGUUUUCAUUAAUAUUGUACAAAUAUCAUCACCACUUUUAAUUUGUAAUUAUACUUUGUAUAUUGUCGCAUACAUGAUUAAUCUGACCCCAUC